AUGAGAACUUGGUUCGGUCGUGGCAAGAAACUGCAACGUGCGGUAACAUCAUGCUGCCUCUGCGCCUUUGUUCUUUACGGCUAUGAUCAAGGUGUCUUUGGAGGUAUUCUCGAGAACGAGGAUUGGCUGCGACAGUUCAAUGAUCCUGGCGAUACUUUGACCGGCUUCAUUACCUCAAGCUAUAAUCUGGGCUGUUUGCUGGGAUGUUUUAAGAAUUUCUUUGUUGGUGAAAAGCUUGGUAGGAGAUGGACUAUUUGGGUGGCCAUGGGCUGGAUCCUUGUUGGGGCUGCGUUGCAAGCAACUGCGUUUACACGAGGACAUCUCAUCGUGGGGCGAAUUGUUACUGGUGUUGGCACCGGUCUCAAGACUUCUACUGUUCCGAUGUAUCAAUCCGAACUUUGUGAGGGCACAAAGCGUGGUCGUCUCGUCUCCGCAGAAGUCAUGUUUGUUGGUAUCGGCAUCGCCUUCGCAUACUGGUGGGACUUUGCCUUUAGCUUUGUCGGUGGGCCGUUCGCAUGGCGAUGGCCUCUCGCUUUUCAGGCUGUCUUUGCAUUCUGGGUUAUCUUUGUGGUCUUUGGUGUACCCGAGUCGCCUCGUUGGUUGCUCAACCAUGGGAAGAGACAAGAGGCCAUCGAAGUGCUGUCAGCAGUCUAUGAUAAACCUAUUGGCCAUCCUGAUAUUCUGCGAGAGGUUGAGUCAAUCGAGGCGGCUUUAUCGAUGGAAGCCGAAGCGGAAGGAAGCACUUCUUGGGCUUCGACGUUUAGGAAGGAUAAGGUCAGCACAAGGUACCGAGUCUUCCUUGCUUGGUUUGUGCAGUUCAUGAAUCAAGCCGGUGGUAUAAACUUGGUUGUUUACUAUAUUUUGACUGUUCUGACCGCCAACGUCGGACUCGAGCACAGACUUGCCCAGAUCAUCGCCGGUUGCAUCCAGCUAAUGUUCCCCAUCGGCUCCUUGCUCCCCACUCUAGCUUUGGACAAGAUGGGCCGUCGAUCUACCAUGAUGUGGGGAUCUGCCGGGCUGUCGUUCUCGAUGAUGAUGGUAGCAGCACUCUUGUCUCAGGCAGAUGAUACAUCACGGGGUCGAGCAUUUGCUGCUGCGUCAGUAGCGUUCUUCUUCACCUACAUGCUUAUCUUUGGUGCGAGUAUGAACUGUGUUCCGUGGGUUUACGUCCCUGAGAUUCUCCCUCUUCACGCUCGAACCAAGGGGACUGCCAUUGGCGUCAGUUCCAACUGGCUUUGGAAUUUUACAGUAGUCAUGAUUACUCCCGUCCUCAUCAAUCGUCUUCAGUGGAAGGCAUAUUUAAUCUUUAUGGCCACCAACCUCAUUUUCGUGCCGAUCAUCUUCUUUUUGUACCCCGAGACAUCUAACCUAGCUCUUGAAGAAGUUGACUACAUCUUUGCUCGUGGCGAGAAUACUGUUCAAGUGGCUAGAGAGAUGCAGAAAGAACUUGCUCUUCAUGGACGCCUGGCGGAUGAUAGAUAUCCUGAGAACGCAACAAAGGUGGAAAGUAAGCCGUAUGAGAGGCGUGAUGAAUUUGUUGAGCAUGCACCUGCUUGA